UCUUCCGUAACCCCCCCCCCCCCCCCCCUCCAAUCCCCUAGCACACUGCCUUUGAGUCCCCGACGGGAGAUCCGUCUCCAUCUCGGUCUGGAGAUCGGGAUCCCAGCAACUUGUUUCCGAUUAGCCUGCCAAGAAUCGGAGUACUACUCCGAGUCGCCGAGCAGCGCUGCUGGCUUCAUAUUUGUCCGUGCUAGGCAGGAUCGCGUCUCUGACAGCGUUAUGUAUGUUGUGCCACCGUCGAUAAAGUUAACAGGUAGUAAAAACUCUCUGCCUCUCUCCGCACCGAGGCUUUGGUGUUUACCCCUAUGCAUCCAAAUGUAUAUAAAAUCAAACAAAAAGGGGAGUGUUAUGGUUAUGCUAUGAAUACAACAGUAUGUUUAUAUUUCAUCACAUGACAUUCUUUCUUGCAGAACCAAAAUGGAAGGCCAUCUAAUGUGCAGUAGAAAAAGACUUAAGCUCUGUCAUAAGAAGCCCAUCUUCAGACAAUGGAGUUCAAAAAUAAAGUUUCUUGACCUUCCCGAGGAUGUGGUAGGCCCAAUCUUAUCAAAAUUGCCACCAAAGGAAAUUGUAAGAACUAGUGUUCUAUCAAACAAUUGGAAACACAUCUGGACAGUUUGCCCCAAACUCAGAUUUGAUGGUAACACAAUGUGCACUGAAGAUGUGACUGGUACACAGCACUAUACACAGAAGUUCAUUGACAACGUCAAUGGAGUCCUGAAACAGUACAGUGGCAAGGUGGUUGAAGAGCUUGGCGUUAAGUUUGAAUUUGACGCCACGCUAUCUGAACAUCUCGAUGAUUGGGUUAACUUUGCUUUGUCAUCACGAACAAAGAGUCUAGCUCUUGACUUACUGCCGGCCAAGUUUGGACUCCGUCCUGAUCGGUACAGAUUCCCCCUAGAGUUAUUUGAUGGCGAAAGCAUAUUUCGUCUGCAACAGCUGCAGCUUAGCUUUGUGUCUUUGGAAUCACCUUCCAACUUCUGUGGUUUUCCCAACCUUAAGAAGCUUGAUUUGCAUGUGUUGCGUGUCACUCGUGAGGACAUUCAAGAUAUGUUGUCAAACUGCUUCAAUCUUGAAUGGCUGAGUAUAGUUAGAUGCCAUUUGGAUUAUGCUGAACUGAAGGUGGUUCGUCCGUUGCCCCGUCUGCUAUACUUGCAUGUCGCGUACUGUGAUAUAAGUGGGAUAGAAUUCAAUGCCAUGAUCCUGCAGACUUUUGUAUACUGUGGGCGCUGGAUUCCUUUUCACCUCGGUCAUGCUUUGGCAGUGAAAGAUGCUAGGCUCUAUUAUUCUGGCAAGGCGACUCUUGAGUUUGCGCUGAAUGCGCUACCCAACUUGCUGCCAAGCGUGCAGAAUCUAAUUUUGCAUUCAUCCUUGCCACUUAAGACGUGUUCAAGGAGACAGUUCCAAGUUUCGUCAGCUGAAGUAUCUACAACUGAAGUUUUUUGUGCUGGUUGAAGAUCUCAGUAACCUUCUGUGGUUGGCCUCAAUCUUGAGAGCUGCUCCUUUCAUCGAGAAAUUAGAGAUACAUUUUUCAAUCUGUGCCUUGCCACAUUGCCCAGAGCCUAUCAGGAGUCUUCCAAGGAAUACACAUAACCAUCUAAAGAACCUGAGCAUCACAGGAUUUGCAGGGUGCACGGGUCAAGUUGAAUUGUUGAUGCACAUCGUAGAGAAUGCCCCUAACCUGGAGGCUUUGACUAUCGAUCGAGUUAAUCACUUUGGUUUGGACGAAGAGUACGAAAGGCAAUCGAGAUCCGAGGCACUGGACAUUGUCAGGAGACACCUUGAGGGAAGAACAUCAGAGAAUACAAAGGUUACUAUGAUGUAAGACAAUGUGCUUGACAUGGAAGCUCGGCCAGAUGGUUGGCAGCUUUUGUGUAACUUGUUUACUUUGUUUGCAAAAGGCAAUGUAGUUGUAUGGUAAGUUUAUGUUGUAGCGUUUGUUUAAAUUAAGUUUUAUCAUUAUGAUUUAUUAGCUGCCGCAUCGUGGACCUAGCACGAUGUCAAAACAAGGCAUGUUUUGCUUUGAUGAAGCCAUUAUUUACUUCCA